AUGACAGAAACUCGUGAAGCUGAAGAACAUCAUGUCUAUAAUUGUCGUCGAGCUCCAGCAAGAAAUAAUUCUUCAAGAGCUGUUAGGGAAUUUAACGUCAUUUCCGAAUUUGAUUUGAUCUUAAAAACACUGAGCAAUAAGGUUCAAUUUGAGAUUCCAUUUUGUAUUAUUGAACUCGCUAGUCAGAGGAAUCAUUACGAUUACAUAUUAGAAGUCGAAUUAAACCGAAAGAAUUCCGUGUCUAUUGUUUGUAAAGACCCGGUCACGAGUUAUCAAAACAUCGUCGCUGUCGCUGUCGUUAGCAUUAAAGAUUUGGUGCACAUUUAG